CACUCUAAGCUAACCUGCAAAACCACAGGCUCUCUCUCUCUCUCUCUCUCUCUCUCUCUCACUGUUACUUACAAACACAACACAGCAAUCUGUAUCGGUUUCUUCUUUUCCUUUGGGGAAACGCAAAUUAAGGUCCAGAGGAAACAGUUUUACAUUUAAAAUUUUAGGAUAUAAUCCGGAGAUGGAAGACAAAAUUGAACAUACAGGGGAAGAAAGGGUUGAAAAGGAAGAAUCCCAUGUAGUGAUCAAGACCAAGGAUGCACAACCAGGUGACUUAAAGAAGGAGAAGGCUGAGGUGGAACUUGAAUUAAAGACCAAGUCAGUGGUAAAAGAGAAGCCAAAACAUAAAAAGGAUGAGGAGAAACAUAUUGAUAAAGAUGAGGAGAAAUCAAAGAAGAAGGAGAAAGACAUAACCAAGAAGGAAAAGAAGAAAAAAAAUAAGAGUGGCAAAGAGAAGGACGAGGAAGAGAAAGAGAGCAACGGGGAUAAAAAGAAGGACAAGGAAGAGAAGAAGAAGAAAAAGGAGAAGAACAAAGAUAUUAUAGGCUCAGAAGAUAAAGAAAAUGAUAGAGAGGGGGAAGAAAAAGAUAAAAAGAAGAAAAAUAAAAAAGAGAAGAAGGAAAAGGGUAAAGAUUUAGACGAAGGGGAAGAAGAGAUUGAAGGCAAGGAUGAUUAUAAACACAAAGAGAAAGAUAUGGAUGAAAAAGAGUCGAAGAAGGAAAAGAAGGAUAAGGUCAAGGUGAAAGAAGAUGAAGAGAAAAGGAAGGACACAGAUAAAAAAGAGGAGGAUGCGGAUAAUGUGGAUGAGGAAAAAGAAGAGAAUAAGAAGAAGAAGAAGAAAGAGAAGAAAGGGAAGGAACAUGAGAGUGAUGAUGAUGGAACAGAGAAGAAAAAUGAUGAGGAAAAGGUUGAUGACAUUAAAAAAGAAGGGAAGAAGAAGAAAGAUGUGGAGGACAAAAAGAAGAAACACAAGGGUGAUGAUGAUGAGAAGGGGAAGAAAAAGGAUGAGGAAAAAGACGAUGACAACAAAAAAGAAGGGAGGAAGCAGAAAGAUGUGGAGGAGAAAAGGAAGAAACACAAGGGUGAUGAUGAUGAGAAGGAGAAGAAAAAGGAUGAGGAAAAAGACGAUGACAACAAAAAAGAAGGGAAGAAGCAGAAAGAUGUGGAGGAGAAAAAAAAGGAACACAAGGGUGAUGAUGAUGAGAAGGAGAAGAAAAAGGAUGAGGAAAAAGACAAUGAAAGCAAAAAAGAAGGGAAGAAGAAGAAAGACAAAGAUGAUAAAAAGAAGAAACACAAGGGUGAUGAUGAUGGGAACGAGAAGAAGAAGGACGAGAAAAUAGAAGAGAAAAUAGACAAGAAGGAGAGAAAGGAGAAACACAAUAAUGUAGAGGAUGAGGAAAAGACCAAGGUUGAAGUUACUUCUAGGGAGAUUGAAAUAGAAGAACAUGUCAAGGAAUCAGAGGGUGAAAUGGAGGAACAGAGCCAGAAAGAUGAAGUAAAGGAAGGUAAAGAGAAGAAAGACAGAGAUAAAAAGGACAAGGGCGAGAAGAAAAGAAAAGUUGAUAAGAAGGACAAGUCCAAGGAUGUUGGAAAGUUGAAACAGAAGCUAGAGAAGAUUAAUGGCAAAAUAGAAGCCCUUCGUGAAACAAAGGUAGACAUCAUGAGGCAGAUAAAAGAAGCUGAAGGUGAAAGUCUCACUCUUGCUGAGAAGCCCACAGAUGCGGCACCGGCGGCUACUGAUGCAGCAUAAAACCUCUGUGGUAGUGCAUUUCAGCUCUCCAUGGUCCAUCGCUCUCCAUGGUCCAUACUUUGCAAUCUAUGUUUUUUUAUAUGUUGUGUGAAUAAAGGGUGUUAAUAGUAAUGAAUAAAACUAGUCUGAAACAAAGGUAGACAUCAUGAGGCAGAUAAAAGAAGCUGAAGGUGAAAGUCUCACUCUUGCUGAGAAGCCCACAGAUGCGGCACCGGCGGCUACUGAUGCAGCAUAAAACCUCUGUGGUAGUGCAUUUCAGCUCUCCAUGGUCCAUCGCUCUCCAUGGUCCAUACUUUGCAAUCUAUGUUUUUUUAUAUGUUGUGUGAAUAAAGGGUGUUAAUAGUAAUGAAUAAAACUAAUCUGUUAUGUUUUAUUGACAUGUGGAAGCUAAUGUUUUGUAUGAAACUAAGAUUACAACCUCCCAUUCUGGUGAGUGUUUGUCAGGGUACUGCAAAUAAUGGUAAGCUGUAGCAAGCAAGUUUGCAUGAGGAACAAUUAACAACAAUCUUGGUUUUAAGUUACUGCGAGUUUUGGUUUGUUUGUAAACAAUUAUUUAGGACUCUCUCGGAACUUUCUAUAUGAAAUUAAAGUUGGAUUUUAUUUUGUUU